ACACCCCUUCCCCAUCGUCCUCCACGUCCUUCACGGCGUCUCCUUCCCCUCCAAAAUGGCCUCACUAGCACGUCUCCGGCUUCCUCUCGCCCGCCGUAUCCCUUUUGCACGCGCCAUUCAAACCUCGGCGGAUGUCACCCAGCUUGCUGACAACAUCACCGACCACUCGAAGCCAUUCUCGGUCAAGAUACACGAGGAGUCGUACCGAGCAUACAACUGCGACCUCCCUUCAUUGGACGUCCAGGUCUCCAAGGACGAGCUCAUCCACAUGUACCGGGACAUGCAGACCAUGCGUCGCAUGGAGAUGGCGGCCGACGCACUCUACAAGGCGAAGCUUAUCCGUGGUUUCUGCCAUUUGGCCAUUGGUCAGGAAGCCGUAUCGGUUGGUCUUGAGCACGGUAUCACCCCGGAGGACCGUGUCAUCACCGCCUACCGGUGCCACCCCUUCGCCGUCAUGCGCGGCGGCACCAUCAAGGGUGUCAUUGCCGAGCUCCUCGGUCGUCAGGCCGGCAUGUCGAACGGCAAGGGCGGCUCCAUGCACAUCUUCACACCAUCCUUCUUCGGUGGUAACGGUAUCGUCGGUGCGCAAGUGCCCGUCGGUGCCGGUAUUGCUUUCGCACAGAAGUAUCUCGGCAAGAAGACUGCCACCUUCGCGCUCUACGGUGAUGGUGCUAGCAACCAGGGCCAGGUGUUCGAGGCGUUCAACAUGGCGAAGCUGUGGGACCUUCCGUGCGUGUUUGUGUGCGAGAACAACAAGUACGGUAUGGGCACGUCGGCGGAGCGUAGCUCGUCCAACACGGAGUACUUCACCCGUGGCGAUAAGAUUCCUGGUCUCCAGGUCAACGGCAUGGACAUCAUCGCCUCGCGCAACGCCGUUCAGUACGCUCGGAAAUGGGUCACGGAGGGUAACGGCCCGCUGCUGAUGGAGUUCGUCACCUACCGCUACGGUGGUCACUCGAUGUCCGACCCCGGCACCACCUACCGUACGCGUGAAGAGGUUCAGCGGAUGCGUUCGACUCAGGACCCCAUCCGCGGUCUCCAGCGAUACAUUGAGGAGUGGGGCCUUGCCACCGAGCAGGAGCUCAAGCAAAUCGACAAGGACGCCAAGGCCGAGGUCGACAAGGCCGUCGAGGAGGCUAAGGCAUCGCCUGAGCCCGAGCUCAAGGACCUCUGGACCGACAUCUACUACAAGGGCACCGAGCCUCCGUUCAUGCGCGGCCGUGAGCGCGAGGAGGUGCACUACUACUAGAUGCCUUGCCUCUCGUGUGCCUUCGGGUUGGGUUGGUGUAAUGGGUGGUAGCGGACUAUACAUGCACUUUGCUGUUUCUCUUUCAUUAUCGUACUAGAGUCUGUUUUUAUCGUAUUGCCGGAUACAUUACAUGGUUCUUCGUAGCCG